AUGAAGCUGCAUGAGUUGAGGGAACGGAUGGACGCGCUUGAAGAAGAGAGAGAUGAGCUUGCAGAUAGCCUGGAUUUGGUUGAAGAUGAGGUUAAAGCAACUCUUGAAGAGCUACUGUCAGAUGGUCAGCGCCAUGCUGAAGAAGUAGAUACUCAGCUUGACAUCUUGGCGGUAGAGCAAGCUGAGUUCGUCCGACAAAUGGACGACCAGAAUAUGGCAUUGGAAAUCACAAUUUUGGAGCUUCGAGAAGAGUUGCAAACAGCUCUCUCUGAUAAUGCCGAAACCGAGGAUGAUCGCGGGAACAAACCCGCCCUUAAGACGACUGCCGCGUUCGAUCAGCUACCGAAGGGAAAGCCGGAGAAGCCACCCAAGCCGCCAAAGCCCACGCAUCUAUAG